CCCUCUACCGAGUCGUUGAUUGUUGGGAAGCUCGACGAGCUCGACAUCCGACUGACGCAGCUUGAAGAGAAGCAAUCUCUCCCGGAGAGCUAUUUCGCUGCAGAUCUUAGGCGUGCAGCGGUGAGCAAGUCGCUGACUUCAGCCCUCAAAGACGUCCGGCUCAAGGGUUCCUUGAUGGACCGGGUUCACUUACUCGAGUCAAGAAUCCGGCAACUGAGCUCUGAUUUGGACCAGGGAAAUGCAGAUCCUUCUUCUUCGUCGACGAUGAGCCAAAUGAACGAGAAUGGACCGGAGAAGAAUAAGAAGAAGAUGAAUACAUUGAGCUCGAGCAGAGUUGUGGGAGCACCGUGGAGAGAGCUCAAAGGUCACAAAUCCAAAUCAAAGGAUUCGAAGGAAGGGAUCGAAGCCAUGGAGAAAAGAGCGAGCGCAGUGUGUCGCAAUGAGAAGAAGAGGAAGAAGAGAGCGAGAAUUUACAAGAGAUGGUUUCCUGUGGGAUGCUGAAGGCUGAUGCUGUUCUUGAGAUGCUCUAGUUUUUGCUUUUGCUUGUCAAUGUAUGCCCGCAGUAGGCAAAUUUGUAUGCCCGCAGUAGGCAAAUUUAAGUCUUUGUUGUUUAGAUCUCUUAUGUAAUAGGAAUAUGUAUUGGUAUUUUCAUGAAAUGAAAUGAAACCUAUUCUU